UCUGCGCACGGAAGAGGAUGGAUGUUGUUAAUUUUCUGGUUUUCCUUCUUCUGGGAAACCGUGUCAUGGAAGACCGCCAGCAACAACACGGAGCCAGUCCCGGUGGUCAUUUGGCAUGGCAUGGGUGAUAGCUGUUGUAAAGCAUUUACCCUGAAAUUUAUUAAACUGGUGAAAGAAACUGUCCCAGGAAGUUAUGUGUUAUCCUUGAAAAUUGGAAAAAGUGCUACUGAGGAAAUUGAGAACAGUUACUUCAUGAAUGUAAAUCACCAAGUUGAGAUGGUAUGUAACAUAUUGUCCAAGGAUAAGAAACUACAAAAUGGAUAUAAUGCAAUGGGCUUCUCUCAAGGAGGUCAGUUCAUAAGAGCUGUGGCACAGAGAUGUCCUUCUCCUGCAAUGAAAAACCUCAUCACAUUUGGAGCCCAACAUCAAGGUGUGUAUGGUUUACCACACUGUCCUGGAGAGAGUUCCCACAUAUGCAACUGGAUAAGAAAGAUGUUAAAUUUGGGUGCUUACAGUAGUCCAAUUCAACAGCACUUGGUACAGGCAGAGUACUGGCAUGAUCCCUUGAAUGAAGAUCUGUACAGGAACAACAGCAUUUUCUUGGCAGAAAUUAAUCAAGAAAGGAGAAUCAAUGAAAGUUACAAGGAGAAUCUGAUGAAACUAAAUAAGUUUGUAAUGGUGAAAUUCUUGAAAGAUUUAACGGUUGACCCAGUUGAUUCAGAGUGGUUUGGUUUCUACAAAGCUGGCCAGGCCAAGGACACUUACAGUUUGCAGGAGAGUGUUCUUUAUCAAGAGGAUCGAUUAGGACUGAAGGCAAUGGAUGAAGCGGGAAAAUUGGAAUUUUUAACUGUGGAUGGGGACCACCUUCAAUUCUCAAAGGAAUGGUUUAUUAACAACAUAGUUCCUUACCUGAAGUGACCCUUUUGCUGUCAAGUAAUUUGCCAACACCGCCAUCAUUAAUCCAUUUAAGAACUUAUAAAGCUGUGUUUAAAAAAAAACUGGCUCAUUAGUCAAGUUUGAAGAAGUUUUAUUCCAAGUUUUGAUUUUCCACAAUGUCAUCUACUUUUAAAUGAAUUCACAGCACUUGUAAUGAUGGAACUCAAUUCAUACCUUAUGUUGCUUAAUUCAAAUUGCUAAACAAUUCAAUUUCUAAUGCAGAUUUGCGUGCAGGAGAAAUUUGGACCUUUCUUUAAAGCUGAUGCUAAAUAAUGGUUUUGAAAGUGGAAUCAAUUAUGCAGGAAUAAGCCAUACAGAACAAAAAGGAGUUACUUUCUGAGUCAUUUGAUCAGAUAUGGCUUCAGUAUUUCUAUAAACAUCAUUAACAAUCAGCAAUUAUUGCCAAACUUAAUCAUUACUCAUUGAUAUCCCCUGCUGAAAAAUUACAAAUUAGAUGAGAGAAGGAUCUGGCUUUGUUGGAUAAUUCCCUUUGCAGAAUAGCUUACGGGGACUCUUAUGGAGAAGUUUAAGCUAAUGCUGAAAUGGCACUUGAAACAUUUUAAGAGCAAGCACCUUAUAUUUUGUGAUUCCAUUUUUUGAGACCGCACACUGAAUUUAUGGGCAUUAAUGCUGCUUAUCUUUUUAACAAUAGAUUUUUCUCAUUAGGACAUAUAGCAGACCCAUUCCAGAGAGGGAUUAAUUUUGCUCGUCACAUAUUUCAAAAAUCUGUGGCAACUUAGAUUGGAUCUUUUAUCUUCACAUUCAUAGAGCAUUAAUUUGUAAUGUUUUUUCAAAUAGCACAACGACAAAAAGACUUUAAUGUCAUUUUUGCAUUUAGACUCUAUGAUCUAUCACUAAGGCACUACAGAUGCCAAAUGAGAGUUAUGGUAUUGCAGUGUGACCUCCACGCUCUGAAAUUACAAUAAACCUUAUUAUCCAGUAUUCAUGGAACCACCAGUGUGCCGAUUGAUCAAAUAAUUCUGGAUAGUCAAGAUAGCCAACAUAAUCAACAUAAAAACAUACAAUAAGUAAUCAUGUAAUGCAGGGGUAUACAUAGCACUGUUAUACUUAAAGCAUAAAUCACCGAAAUAAAACUUACUGGCAGAAAGCCUUCUCGCUUGCAUGCUCAACUGACUACUUGGACUUGCAGUAUUUGAGGAGAAGUUGACUCAAAGUUGAAUCAUCUGUUAAUAUUUUCUGUGGCCAUUCGAUUGAACCGCAAGUAUAUUUACAUUGAGGUAAAUAAAUCAAAAAACUAUAAUAACUGAACAGAAUAAUACAGCAAACAUCAUGGUAAUUUUUGCCACUUUAUCAAGGAUGCCAUUUGAUAAAGUGCUGGUUAAGGCUAGGCUGACUAUAUUAUAAAUCAAUUCUUAAAAAGAAACUAAUACCUUUUUUUAAAAAAAACUAAUGUUUUAAAAUACAGUAGAGAAAAUUUUGUGUAUUGGCCUGAAAAAUGUGCACUAAUUUAUUUGUGAUGAGAAAGCAUCGUUUUCACUCUCAUCUCUGUUAACUUGUUCAAUGUAGUUUUGGACUAUUAUUGAAUAAAAUUCUACUGUUUCAUUUUGAA